GCUAUGAUGAUGCCACUGCAUUUUAGCCUGGCUGACAAAGCAAGACCCUAUCUUAAAAAAAAAAAAAAUAUUUGUCUAGAAUCUGUUAUUUGGAGUGUAUUGUGUAGCAAGUAUAUAGGGAGCUCCAGACAUGAUGACAACUUUGUCCUUGCCAUCAGUGAGCUGGUGCUUUGGGGGAGGAGAUAGGAAUGGAGGGCUGGGGCAUAGACAGUUGCAACAUAGGGAAAAAUAUAAUGAUGUCCCCAAGUGUAUCCCUGAAGUUCAGAAAUAGAGGAAGUCACUUCUAGCCAAGGGAAUCAGGACUUCAUUCACAGAGGAGAUGAUAUUUGAACUUAGACUGGAGGGCGUUUGACAGGUGAAAGAAGAGCAUGAGCUUGGGCAUAGAGCCAGAAACGAGACGUAGGUUUGUCUGAUGCCAGACCACAGUCUAUGAGUAGGAAGGGGAUUUGGUUCAAUUCAUAAACAUUUAGCAAGCAUUUGUAUGUCAGACACUAUGCUGGCAAUGAGGAGAUAGAAGUGAGAAACCGGUUCCUGUUUCUAAAAGGCUUUCAGUUUAAUGGAAUAAAAGCCAAGUUUAGAAAAGUUGAUUAGGGCUAUAUGACAAAAGCUUUAAUUAGCAUAUCAAGGAGUCAGAAUUUUAUUUAUUUGGGCAAUGUGAAGUCCUAGUAGGCUUCAUAGUGGGCAGGUGAUGUGACUGAAAGAUAGUAGCAACGUACAGAAUGGUCUAAAGUAGGGAGAAGCUGGGGUUGAAGGGUUUACCACUCCUUUCUUAAAAAAUAAGUUUAUUUCUACCUCAGUUAAUAGGUGUCUGUGGUAGGCAAUCCAGGGGUGGUAUGGGGGCUCUCCAAUGAUCAAGGGCUUAGGCUUCUGUCUUUUUGCUUCACCUUCCUAGCAUACAGCUUCCAUCCUCAUGGUCACCUCAUGGUGACCACGGCUGCUAGAGCUUAAUUUAUCUCAUCUACAUCCAGGCAGCAGAAAGAAGGAAGGAAAGAUGAUUGGGGGGAGGGAAAAGAGUACACAAAGACACACUUCCUAGCUAAAUUAACUCCUUUUAAGGUGUCUUCCUAGAAGUCCAAGACAAUACUUCCAACACUUCUGUUUAUGUCCUAUUGGCCAGAACUUAGAUGACCAUAUCUAUUUUUAAGGAAGACUUGGAUAUGUAGUUUUGUGGGGAUUUUUUAUUUUUUCUUUUUUAAAAAAUUGAGAUAUAAUUUGUAUACAGUAAAAUACACAGAUCCUAAGCAUACAGUUUGAUAAGUUCUAAGAAAUGCAUGCACCCAUGUAACCCACAGCCUUCUCAAAAUAUAAGACAUUCCAUAACACCCCCCCCAAAUUCCCUCCUGCUGAGGGGUGUCUUUUUUUUUUUUUUUUGGUAAACAAUCCAAAAGAGAGAUAAUGAGGGCUUAAUUAGGGUGAGACUAGAAAGGAAGAGCUGGAGAGACCAUGGAUGGAGAAGCCAAGGAAGACUGGUUGGAUGUGAGAGAUGAGAGAAGAAUCAAAGAGAAUGCUGGUGGGAUGUGGGAGAUGAGAGAAGAAUCAAAGAGAAUGCUGGUGGGAUGUGGGAGAUGAGAGAAGAAUCAAAGAGAAUGCUAACAGCAGAGCCACUAACAGGAACGGGAGAUUGGGAGGAAGUCUGUGUUGUUGCUGAUGGGAUGGAAGGAGAAGGAAGAAUGAGUACAGUAUUGGGUGUGUUGAGUUUGAGGUGCUGGCUAAACACCCAGGUGGAGAUACCCAGUAGACAGUUGUGUUUAGAACCUGGGAGGGCAUUCAGAACCCAAUGGCAUCAAAUACCACAGUGAUGCUAAAGAGAACAAGGGACCAAGAACCAACCCAAGAAUUUGGUGACCCAAGAAGUUGGAGCUUGCUGAUGACUUUUGAGGGAGCAGAAUCCAGACACCAAGGCCCGAGUGACCAGUGGGGGGUUAAAUCCAGUAGGAUCACCCAAAAUAAUCUUAAAACCUUUUAAAAAACUGAAGUCUUUGCACAAAUAUAAAAGGUUUGUAUGUGCUGCCCUUUUGAGAAGUUUGUUGAAAGGUGAAAGGAAAUGGUAGGAACAGAGGAAAAGAUCAAGGUUCACCCCAUUCUAACAGGAAAAUAGCCCCUUGCCCUUUUCAGUCAGCACUCCCAAGGACAGGGGAUAGGAUAGCUCCCCUGUCCUUGAAUAUACAACUCCCCUUCUUUUGAAUAUACAACCUCCAGAAAUUCAAGCUGAAGGGGUGGAGGAGGAACAGGGAUGCCACCUAUAACAACUGCCUAGGUGAGUGGGCCAGCCAGACACUGCCAGGAGAGGUGUGAGGAAAGAGCAGAGAGCAAACAUGCUGGACUCAGAUAAUCCUGGGUUUGAAUCCUGUGUCUGUUAUCACCUGGCUUGAUGACCUUGGGGAAGUUACUUAAUCCGAACACCGUGUUUCCUUAUCUGUAAAAUAGAAACAACUAUGCCUACCUUUCGGGGUGGUUUUGAGGAUUAGAGGCUAUUGUCUGGCACACAGUAGGUAAUAGUAAAUGGGUGCUGUUAAUAUAACAGAUUAUAGUUCAUCUGUCCCUCAACCCCUGUUGUGGGACAGAACGGGCUAACGGACGUGUCAGAAUCUGAGACCUCCCGAUCUUCCAGGUUAGAGAGGGCUCCCUGCGGCCUCCUCCCUUUAGGAGGUGGGGACAAGGUGGAGGAAGGGCUGCAGGAGGAGGAGCUCAGGCAUCGCGACCCGCCCCGUCCCGUCCAGUCUGGUCUGGGCGCCGAGGGAACGCUGUCCUAGCUGCCGCCACCCGAGCAGCCUGUCCUGCUGCCCCGGUGCCCUGCCCCGCGUCCAGUCAUGACCCUGCGCCCCUCACUACUCCCGCUCCAUCUGCUGUUGCUGCUGCUGCUCAGCGGCGCGAUGUGCCGGGCUGAGGCUGGCGUUGAAACCGAAAGCCCCGUCCGGACCCUCCAAGUGGAGACCCUGGUGGAGCCCCCCGAACCGUGUGCGGAGCCCGCUGCUUUUGGAGACACGCUUCACAUACACUACACGGGCAGCUUGGUAGAUGGACGUAUUAUUGACACCUCCCUGACCAGAGACCCUCUGGUUAUAGAACUUGGCCAAAAGCAGGUGAUUCCAGGUCUGGAGCAGAGCCUUCUAGACAUGUGUGUGGGAGAGAAGCGAAGGGCAAUCAUUCCUUCUCACUUGGCCUAUGGAAAACGGGGAUUUCCGCCAUCUAUCCCAGCCGAUGCAGUGGUGCAGUAUGAUGUGGAGCUGAUUGCAUUGAUCCGAGCCAACUACUGGCAAAAGCUGGUGAAGAGCAUUCUGCCUCUGGUAGGCAUGGCCAUGGUGCCAGCCCUCCUGGGCCUCAUUGGGUAUCACUUAUACAAAAAAGCUAACAGACCCAAAGUCUCCAAAAAGAAGCUCAAGGAAGAGAAACGAAAUAAGAGCAAAAAGAAAUAAUAAAUGAUAAUUAAAA